UUUAGACAGGGACACAUUCCAAAUUUAGGUAGACUGUGUUUUGAUUGUAUAUACGGUUAUUGAUAUCAAUGUUCAUGUCAUCUUCGAUGUAAAUUGAAAUUUUAUCUGUGUAUAUCGCAUCCAUCGGCUAUUUUAUAUGGAAGAUUACGCAUACAAAGAGACACGGGAAAACAUGCGGACGCUUCUCUGUGUUAUGGUGUUUUUUUCUUUGAUGAAAAUUUCUUGCUGUGAGAUUCGAUAUUCCAUGAAAGAGGAAGUAAAACCUGGGACGUUUGUGGGCAACGUAGCGGAAGAUUUGGGAAUUCAGCCGAGGACACUGUCGGAUCGCAGGUUCAGAAUGGUUUCUGCGGACAAAAGCGAGCUGUUUCAGGUAAACGAAAAAGAUGGAGCUUUACUGGUUAGUGGUCGCAUUGAUAGAGAAGAGCUGUGUCAAGAUAAUUCUCAUUGCUACAUAAAUUUAAAAGCGGUUAUAGAAGAGCCGCUGGAAAUACACCACAUUACUGUAGAAAUUGUUGAUGUCAACGACCACUCACCAAAUUUUACAGACCAGCAAAAACGUCUAGAAAUGCCAGAAUCCACCGUACCUGGUACUCGCUUCCAGUUAGAUGGAGCGCACGAUCCAGACGUGGGCAUGAAUGCCUUGCGAUCUUAUGGACUCAACAGAAAUGAGCAUUUUGAGUUGAAGAUGGAAAAUCUUAGCGAAAUCAAUAAAAUCCCUCUGCUUAUUUUGCUGAAGCCGCUGGACAGAGAACGUACUGCUGUGCACGAGCUGCUCCUUACUGCUAUCGACGGUGGAAACCCACCCUUAACUGGUGUCAUUAAUAUCAGUGUUGUCGUAUUGGACAUUAAUGACAAUGCCCCUGUGUUUGAUCAGCAGAAAUAUUCAGUUAUCUUGCAAGAGAAUGUCGCAAUUGGAACAUUUGUAAUAAAAGUUAAUGCAACUGAUUUGGACUUCGGCGACAAUGGGGCUGUGGAAUACUCUUUUGGAGCAACAGUCAGAGGCCGGGAGUCCGAUAUUUUUGAGCUGGAAAAGAACAGCGGUGAAAUUCGGGUUAAAGGAUCUAUAGACUUUGAAGAAAAACGGUCGUAUGAAAUUAACGUUCGAGCGACAGACAAGGGACAAGUUCCAUUGUCGGGACAGUGUAAUAUUUUUGUAAGGGUAGAAGAUAUUAACGAUAACAAACCGGAGAUAGAAGUAACCUUCUUGUUAAGCUCCAUUCCGGAAGAUGCCAAACUCGGCACCGUCGUGGCGCUAAUUGGUGUCUCUGACAAAGACUCGGGACUAAAUGGUCAGGUUACAUGCGCCCUUGAGGAAAAUCUUCCUUUUGAGCUUAAACCUUCAUCACAAUCGAACUUUUAUUCGGUAGUAACAAAUGCAUAUUUGGACAGAGAAACUGUGCCUGAGUACGUAAUAAAAAUAAUGGCCAGAGAUUUGGGAAGCCCUACACUGUUGACUUACGAGUCAAUUACUGUUCAGGUAACAGAUGUCAAUGAUAAUAAGCCCACCUUUUCUCAAAAUCCAUAUACGAUGUAUUUGACCGAAAAUAACGUGCCUGGCGUGUCAAUAUUUUCAGUAUCUGCAGUUGACUCUGAUGAAAAUGAAAAUGCGCAGGUUUCAUAUGUAAUCGGAAAGGGUUUGAAUAACACUAAAUUAGCAUCUUUUUUAAACGUUAACUCCGAAAAUGGGAACAUUUACGCACUGAAAAGCUUUGAUUUCGAAAGAGAGAAAACGUUUCAGUUCCAAGUCAUAGCUAAAGACUCCGGGACCCCGUCACUAAGCAGCAACGUCACAGUGAACGUGUUCAUUCUGGACCAGAACGACAACGCUCCAGUCAUCCUGUCCCCGGUCAACAGUAACGGGUCGACAGAAUUUGUGGAGGAGAUUCCCCGCAAUGUGAUCGCAGGACAUUUGGUGACUAAAGUAAGAGCUUAUGACCCUGACAUAGGAUACAACGGCUGGUUAUCAUUCUCUUUGCUGCAAGUUACUGACCCCACUCUGUUUGGUUUGGAGCGCUACACAGGACAGAUCAGAACACUUCGGCCAUUCAUGGAAUCAGACAAAGCUGAGCACAAACUGGUCGUACUGGUUAAAGACAAUGGGAACGUUUCACUCUCAGCGACAGCAACCGUUAUUAUCAGAGCAACGGAGUCCAAAGAAGCUUUUGCGGUAUCAGACGUGAAAAGCGCAGUAAAAAACGAAAAGGAGAACAGUGUCACUUUUUAUUUGAUCAUCUCUUUGGGGUCUGUGUCCGUGCUCUUCUUCAUCAGUAUUAUCAUCUUGACAGUGAUGCAGUGUUCUAAACCACGAGAUUACUCCUCCAAGUACUCACGGGAUUCUAAUUACGUGGAUACGAGCGGCAACGGGACUUUGUGCCACAGCAUCCAGUACAGGUCCGGAGAGAAACGAUACAUGUUAGUUGGACCACGAAUGAGUAUCGGUUCAACCAUUGUCCCAAACAGCAAUGGAAACACUCUUGUCGUGUCUGAACACAGUGGGAGAACUUGUGGAGAGGUAAGCACAAUACAAAAUGUGCUCUUUCCCCCUAUUUCUUAA